AUGGAGCUGACAUUCGAACCAUUGAAGAAUGACCUGUUGCUGCGGGCAGCGCAGGGUCAAGUCGUGGAGCGACCGCCCAUGUGGGUGAUGCGUCAAGCUGGGCGCUAUCUCCCCGAGUACCACGAGGCCAAAGGCGGCCGCGACUUCUUCGAAUGCUGCCGCGAUCCCGAGGUCGCCUCAACGCUGACCCUGCAACCCAUCGAGCGUUACGCCGGCCUGAUCGAUGCCGCCAUCAUCUUCUCCGACAUUCUGGUCAUCCCCCAGGCCAUGGGCAUGGUGGUGGAGAUGAUUGACAAGAAGGGACCGCAUUUCCCCAACCCGCUCAAGUCCCCCGACGACGGCCAGUACGAGGAGGUGCUGCAGCGCAACGUCAACGUUGCCGAGGAGCUGGACUACGUGUACAAGGCCAUCACCCUUACGAGGAAGAAGCUGGCCGGCCGUGUGCCCCUGAUUGGAUUUUGCGGUGCCCCCUGGACACUGUUCUGCUACAUGGUAGAAGGCGGCGGAACGAAGCUGUUUUCGCAGGUCAAGACAUGGAUCUACAGGUACCCCGAGGCUUCAAAGAAGAUGCUGCAAAAGAUUGCCGACAUUUGCGUGGAGCACCUGGCAUGCCAAGUGCGAGCUGGAGCACAGGUUGUGCAGGUGUUUGACUCAUGGGCUGGCGAGCUAGGCCCGGCUUCCUACAAGGAGUUCUCGGAGCCUUACCUCAUGCAUAUCUCUUUCAUGCUGCCCCGGAAACUCGCGAGCCUCAACAUUGAUAGCGUCCCCAAGAUCGUUUUCCCAAAGGGCGCGUGGCACGCGUUGAACUCGGCAUGCAGCAUGGGCUACGAUGUUGUCGGCAUGGACUGGCUCCAGAGCCCAGCUGACGCCGUCAAGAUCCGUGGGUCGCGCAACGUCACCUUCCAGGGCAACGCCGACCCCGGCAUUCUGUACGGGACCAAGGAGAGCAUCACAAGGGCUGUGGAGGAGAUGGUGAAUGGCUUUUGGGUUGGUAGCGGAAACAAGGGCUGGAUCGCCAAUCUGGGUCACGGAAUCACCCCUGGUGUUGAUCCCGAUAACUUGAAGUUUUACUUUGAGGAGAUCCAUCGACUGACAAAAAGCUCAUGA